AUGGCUCACAUCUGUGCAACAUGCGACAGUCCGUUAGGCGGCGUGGCCGAAGAACCGUGUAAUCGGCCGGAGGCCCAGGUCGCGUGCGGAUAUAUGGGCUCCGAGGGUCUACUUGCCGGCUUCUACCCGAAGACGCCUCCUAACAGCCCCCGCACGGUUCCUUUGGAGCCUGUGCUAACCGAGCACAUGUCUAAGAAUGAGAGCAUACCUACAAAGCACAUUCCAGCGAAGGUCCAUCCUUUUGUCGAGGCACGAUGGGAAAACGAACGCAAAGAGUCACGUAGAGCGCCUGCCCACAGGAACUCGUAG